AUGGCCAUGCAGCUAACGUGGGACCAAAAGCCUCCUGACUCUUCAGGUCUGCUCUUCUUCCCCUUCGAUGGCCCACCAUUAAAGGGCAAACUGAAGAAGCUGGGGUUCCGGGAUAAUAUCCAAGACGUGCUGCCCCUGCUACCUACCCCGGAUGACUAUUUCCUUCUCCGAUGGCUCCGAGCUCGAAGCUUUGACCUGCAGAAGUCGGAGGCCAUGCUGAGAAAGCAUGUGGAGUUCCGGAAACAAAAGAAUCUUGAAAAUAUCAUGAGCUGGCAGCCCCCAGAGGUGAUCCAGCAGUACUUGGCUGGCGGGAUGUGCGGCUUUGACCUCAACGGCUGUCCUGUCUGGUACGAUGUCAUCGGGCCGCUGGACGUCAAGGGGCUGCUGCUGUCCGCCUCCAAGCAGGAUCUGCUCAGGACCAAGAUGAGGGACUGCGAGAUGAUCCGGCUGAUAUGUGCCCAGCAGUCGGAAAAGUUGGGUAAGAAGAUAGAGACCCUCACCAUGGUCUAUGACUGCGAAGGGCUGGGCCUCAAGCAUCUCUGGAAGCCCGCCGUGGAGCUCUACGGGGAGUUCCUUUGCAUGUUUGAGGAGAAUUACCCAGAGACCCUUGGACGCCUCUUUGUUAUCAAAGAUGUCCUGAGGUUUGAUAACACCUACAGUUACAUCCAUGCCAAGAAGGUCAGCUUCACCGUGGAGGUGCUGCUCCCAGACAAGGCCUCGGAGGAGAGGCUGCAGCAGCUGGGAGAGAAGGGGCUGGUACCUUCUCAGCCGUGAGGGCCUCGGCCCGGCCUCAGCCCCGACCCAGGCCCGCCCAGCCUGCCGCCUGGCCCCUCUCCCUGCCGUUCUGUAUUAGGGAUCUGGGUUGGAGCUCAGUACACAGCUCACCCCUGCCUCACUUCU